AUGUCUUCGACUACCUCUGACGAAUCUAAUGAAAAUGAACCAUCCGAGAAACAGCAAAGAUUUCCUGCAAUUCUUAUAAUAGGAGAAGUUGGUGUGGGAAAAAGUACUGUGGCUAAUAUGAUGCUUGACAGACAUCGUGAUGGUGGUCCACUUACGAAAUCAGGUGAAGUCCAACCAUAUCCAAUUAAAAUAAAUGGAAUAGAUUAUCUUUUAAUUGAUACUCCGGGUUUAAUACCUUCUGAUAAAUCAAGUCUUGAUAUUAUAUCACAAAUUGAUGAAAUAAUUCAAAGUAUAGAUCAGUACCUUGAAAUUGUUUCAAUUAUAUUGGUUUUAGAAUCAACCAGAAUGUCUAAAACUCAAAAAGAAAAUUUUCGUCAAAUUGUAAAUGCUUAUCUAGGCAUCAUAAUAAUAGUAUUCACAAAAGGUACAUACAAUCAAACAAUUUCAAGACAAUACAUGGAAACAACAUUUAAUACUGAAUUAAGAGGAACUGUUGGUAGACGUGGUAUUAUUUCUGGUCGUUGGAUAAUUGCUCCAAAUCUUGAUCUAUUUCGUAUGACGAAUAAUCAUAAAGAGAAUGAACAUAUCGUGAAAAACAUGUUGCUACUUAAUAAAUUGAUCAAUUCUUUAACUCCUCCAAAAUAUCAAAUUUCAACUGGUGAAUCUAAGAUAACUAUUUUAAAUAAACAUGAUUUAGAACGUGGAUAUAUUUGUGGAUUACAUAAAAGAUCUUUUACUGAAAUCAUUAUAGCUUUUUUCUUAUUCUUGAUCGCUUCUACUCUUGGUUUGGCUUAUAUACUUUAUUUUGAUAUUAUUAAUACUUCUCCUUAUAGAUGGGUACUUGGUGGUUUCGCAAAAGUAGAAAGAGUAAAAACUGAAUGGCAGUUUGUAAUAGCGGUCCAACAGAAUAACAAAAACAAAGAACAUUAUCUGCAAUGA